AUGCAAUCACUUGAGCAUCAAGUUAGACAACUAGCUAAGGUGAAUUCUGAGCAUCCUUCAGUCAGUUUCACUAGUAACACUGAGAAAAAUCCAAGGGAGUAUUUGAAGGCCAUUGAUCUGAGGAGUAGAAAGCAAGUUGAGACAAGGGUCGAAGAUGACCCAAGUGUCAAAGAAAAGAGGGUACCCAUUGAGGCAGACCCUCAAUCAACUGAACCAAUAGUUGAGGGCAACAAUAGGGAAAGAAAUAAUGAGUCUCAAUCACGAACACCAUUAAAAUCACCCAAAUACAAACCUCUAAUCCCCUAUUCAGCAAGGUUAAAGAAAAAUAAGGAUGAAGUUCAAUUCAGAAAAUUUAUCAACAUUUCUAAACAACUCCAGAUAAACAUCCUGAUAGUUGAGGCAUUAACCCAAAUGCCUAAAUAUGGCAAGUUGUUGAGAGAACUCCUCACUAGCAAAAGAAAAUUGGAGAAAGAAGGCACAAUUGGACUCACUGGAAAUUGUUUGGCCAUCUUAGAGAAGAAACUCCAACAAAAAUUAAAAGAUCUAGAAUGUUUUAUAAUUCCAUGUGUGCUUGAAGGAGGAGUUCAAGAAAAUGCAUUAGCGGAUUCUGGGACUAGCACCAAUGUCAUACCCUACACUAUGUACCUAAAGAUUAGCUUUGAUGACUUGAGACCUACAUGGAUGACUCUACAGUUAAUAGACCAAUCAACAAGGAAGCCUCAUGGAAUUGUGGAAGAUUUAUGUGUCCGAGUAGACAAAUUUGUAUUCCUUGUAGACUUUGUAAUCAUGGAUAUCGAUGAAGAUACGGAGACAGCUCUGAUUCUUGGUUAA